CCGGGCCUUGCUCGCAGUAUACAGGGCUCUGUAGCCGAUAUUGGCAUCAUAGUAGCAAGUCUGUGGAACUUCGGGGGGACAGGUAGGUACAAACAUAUAAGAAGCUUUAUGUGCCUCCUCGAAUGUGACUCUCUCAUCAGUUCUUCAUUCGUCUUGUUUCUUCUUUGUCCUUUUUUAUCCUACACUUGUCACUCGUUUCGACUAUGAAGUCAUUCACUCUUUUCACUUCUGCUCUGGCAGCAUUCGCAAGCACUGUCAGUGCCGCUGGUGUCACCGGUGCCGCUGAGGGUUUCGCAAAGGGCGUUACUGGAGGUGGCUCUGCUGCCCCUGUCUACCCUUCCACCACCGCCGAGCUGGUCUCGUACUUGGGUGACAGCUCGCCCAGAGUCAUCAUUCUCACCAAAACCUUCGAUUUCCGCAACACCGAAGGCACUACUUCUGCCAAGGGUUGCUCCCCCUGGGGCACCGGCAGUCUCUGCCAACAGGCUAUCGACAAGGACAACUGGUGCGAGAACUACGAAUCCUCGUCGCCGAAGGUUUCUUCCCUCACAUACGACAAAGCCGGUAUGAUUGGCAUCACUGUCAACUCCAACAAGUCCCUGGUCGGUCAGGGCUCCAAGGGUAUCAUUAAGGGGAAAGGUCUACGAAUGGCAAACGGCGUAAAAAACAUCAUUAUCCAGAACCUUGCUAUCACUGACAUCAACCCUCACUAUGUCUGGGGCGGUGAUGCCAUCACCUUGGCCGGUACUGACAUGAUCUGGAUUGACCAUGUCACCACACAAAGAAUCGCACGCCAGCACAUCGUUCUCGGAGAGUCUGCCUCCGGUAGAGUCACCAUCUCCAACUGUGAUAUCGACGGUGCCUCAUCUUGGUCGGCCACCUGUGACGGACGCCAUUACUGGGCCCUUUAUUUUACUGGGUCUUCAGAUUUAAUCACGCUAAAGGGAAACUACAUUCACCACACUUCCGGUCGUUCUCCCAAGGUCCAGGGCAACACUCUCCUCCACGCCGUCAACAACUACUGGUACGACAUUGAUUCCAAGGGUCACGCUUUCGAGCUUGGUCAAGGCGGCUACGUUCUCGCUGAGGGUAACAAGUUCCAAAACGUCAACACCAUCAUCGAAGCUGGUGCCACUGGCAAGUACUUCACCGUACCCUCCAGCGGCUCUGCUUGCAGCUCUGUCCUCGGCCGCAGCUGUGUCAACAACGCAUUCGGCAGCUCUGGUCUCUUCUCCUCUGCCGACACCAGCUUCCUCAGCAACUUCAAGGGCAAGAACAUUGCUUCUGCUGCUGCUGCCAGCACCGUCUCCACUGCCAACGUCGGUUACGGUAAGAUCUAAGCUAUCAGUAUGGCUUGAUCGUCUCUCAACUUUCGCUUCUUGGUGCCCUAUUCUUGCUACACACUUUAGAUAUGAGUCAAUGAAAUAUCAUUCUUGUGUCAACCACGA